GAAAGGGUUAAUGAAGCGUAAGGAGCGCGCACGUUCUCCCCGCCCCUAAGCGCACUGUGACUGGCUGUGGGAGGUGCGUCUCCAGCGCAGUGAGGCUCUCAACGUGCCGAUAACUUCCUUGUGUGACACGUUUUAGGGAUCUUGUGGUAAGUUACGGUGUCGGUGCAGUAACGUUUGUGGGCGGCCAUGUAGCAGCGUGAGAAAUACUGACCAAAUUAAUUUUUAUACAUCAAAAACCAAAAUGGCUAAAAGCAUAAGAAGCAAGUGGAAGAGGAAAAUGCGGGCAGAAAAGAGAAAAAAGAAUGCACCCAAGGAACUUGCCAGAUUAAAAAAUGUUUUGGCAAAGGGAAGUGAAGUACUCAUGGAUGAUGUGAAAGAAAUUGCAACAGUUGUGCCUUCUAAGAAAAUAAAUGAGAAAACAGACAUGGACGUUGAUGCACCUGAAGGUGAUUCAAGUAAGAUGGAUAUGGAAUUAAAACGCAACAAGAAAAACCUACGUGACCAGCAUGGUCAGUAUCCUGUAUGGCUGAAUCAGAGACAGCAAAAAAAGCUGAAAUCACAAUGUGGAAAGAAAAAAGGCAAAUCCAAGCAGGCAAAGAAGUUGGCUUGGUAGAUAUUUCUUUCUUGACCUGUACAAAGCAAUCCUUAAUAUACACAGGAGUGACUUGGAGCCGAUUUGCUGUACUUGCUGUUUGUCAUAAAGCUCUACAGAAAGCAAAGAUGAUCUUUAGCAGAACAGAUGAAAAGAAAACUUUGAAAAGGCUUUGAGAAGUAGAUGGCACUAUGCAUAAUAAAUUAUGCCAUCUUGAAUUUUGUGGUCUACAUUUUUAAAAGCUUUUUUUCCUCUGAUCUGAACUGUGUAGAACUGUUGCCACGCGUGGCAUGUGUUUAAUUUUUGAGUUAAAAAUGCCAUAGCAUGUCUUGCAGUUUUAAAUAUGUUUUCGCAACAGAUAUUUUAUCUUCUCUGGAUGCACCUAUAUGAGUGUUAAAUUGAAACCAUACACCAUACAUUGAAUCCCCAUAUUGAUUGAUGAAUUACAUAUAAUGUCUUGUUAUUGAAAAAUAUAAUAUUGCUACAUUUCCCACCUAAAAUGAAAAUGAUACUUGAUGAUAAUAUAAAUAGAAAAGAGAGUUAAGGUCCCCAUACACGGGCCGAUAGUAGCUGCCGAUAUCGGUCCCUUGGACCGAUUCGGCAGCUUAUCGGCCUGUGUAGGGGCAGAACCAAGGGGCCUGGCCGACCGAUAUCUGGCCUAAAAUUGGCCAGAUAUCGAUCGGCCAGGUUAGAAAAUUGUCAGAUCGGGGACUGCAUCGGCUCGUUGAUCCCUAUGCAAGUUGGAUAAUAUAAAGUCACAUGCACACACUGCAUGCAGCUUUCCCUUCCCACAGGUGUGUCUUAUCGGAUGGCAAAGCCAUGUAGUUUACGCAUCAGAUUUUUCUUCAUGUCCCAUUAUUUUGUAGCCCAUGCAACUACAUCUGACUUGUAGGGUGCAAUCUGUUGAUCUGACACCAUCCUACAAAAUCUCCUCUUUAGUUUCGCUCUUAAGAAAAGCUGCUACUUGUCUUUAAAAAAAAAAAGUUGGUUGCAUCAGUUGGUGUGGCCACAUUAAUAUUCCUCACUAUAUGUGAAACAUGGGAGAAAAAAAAGGAAGUACUGAAAAGGAUAAUGUACACCAUACACAAAAUACUCCCAUAUUUCCCACCUCCACCAAAUAAAAAUGGAACUCUUUACCUGCCAUUGGUGCAGCCCCAGUGAGUACAGACUAACUGAAUAGCCAGUAUUUUCCUGUGUUCCACUAUGUUGGAAUUGCCCCCUGCUAAUGGUUGUGAUGUCCUGCAUUGCCACCCCCUGAUGCUUGGAUAAAUAGAUGAAUAUAUGGAGUAUUGCAAUUGGGAAGCUGUAUCAUUUACCUCUACUUGAUACAACCCAGCUUGUAUGGCUCUUGUAACUCAAUAAAAUGUUGAAUUAAAAAAAA